UGGUCAUCACCAGUCUACCAACGAGAAGCGAACCGCGAGCAUCAUUCGAUUCUGUUGCCUUAACAAUCUGGAGCUGGAACCUGUUCGAGGUUGUCACACCGUGCCCGAAACCGGACCUAAACAAUUAAAAAUAGCACUGGUUUGAAGAGCGGAACAGGUUGCACCAGCAAACCGUUAACGAAAACCGUUGUACGUGAUCGCAAUAUCUUCCAUUGGUUUUUUAGUGGAAUAACUAAAGAAAUGAAGCAAAAUAAUCAAGAUGUGAUGUGAUUUUCAGUGCCAGAUCGGAUUUAAAACCACAGAAACUGGUUUGUAUGUUAAGAACAAUCCGCGACACAAGUAAAGUUGCCAUUUAUUGCACCCACGCAUUUAUAGCUUGUAGUUCCAGAAACGGUGAAGCAGAAACGGUGAAUAGAAUAAAGUUUACCGAUCCACAUACCGAUCCACAAAUUAUAUGAAAUUUAAAUCCACAAAAAUACCUAACCAUUGUAGUAGCAGAUUCCGCAAAAAACAAAUCACACUGCAGUUAUGCAUACCAUUUAUUCUGUUAAAUUGUCAGCAGUAGCUGUGUUGAUUCAUGGACUGAUGUUUUUUUCCAAUCAAAUUGGAAUUUUCGGUCAAACAUCUGCGAUACUAUACGAGGACGACAAUUGUAAGUCAGUAGAUAACUUACCCGGCACAUGCAAAAUGCCCAAGGAUUGCCCCUGGAUACAGCCGAAUGUGAUUCAGAAGAAACUAGUUUCAAUCCGUUCUAUUCCAAGGUGUGGUUACACACUCCAUGAUGUUCUGAUUUGUUGCCCAAACGAGGAUUCUGGCAGCAGAAUCAUUACCAGCACAACACAGAGUACGGGAAGGAGGGCCACCAAGGCAUGCGAGAACUUCUCACGAGGUUCCACGCACAUCGCACAACACAUCAUAGAGGGUAAGGAAGCCGCCGAAGGUGAAAUACCAUUCAUAGCUGCCUUGGGGUACAAAUCAACGGAACCGGAUAAGCCCUACGACUUCCGCUGUGGAGCUAGCUGGAUUUCGAAAAGCUUCCUGCUGACGGCAGCCCAUUGUUUGAGAGAUCGACCAAUCGUUGCCCGAAUGGGUACGAUCAACUUGUCCUCAUCCGGUGACACAAACACCCAGGACUCUGAAUUGAAGAAAUUUUACUCGCAUCCUGAUUACAAAUCGAAAAGUAAUUAUCAUGACAUCGCAUUAAUUGAGUUGGUCAGUCCGUUCAGGUACGAUGAUAAUGUCAACAGGAUUUGCUUGUACACUGACCCACAGGAUCUAGUAGUGGACCAUGUUCUGACCACAUCCGGUUGGGGUUUGAUAGACAAUGGCGACACAUGUACCUUAAAAGACGGAGAAGCGGGGAUAUGUCAAGAGGCUACCAGUUGUCCCUGGUUCUUGGAGACCAUAGUGAAGAAGAAACGCUUCGGAGAGCGGGUAACGUGCGGGUUCGAUGGCCCCAUUGAGGUCAUCUGUUGCAAAAUGGACAAACCGGUCACUUUUAAGCCGGGUGUGCGCAGCGGUUUGGCCUGCCAGGAUAUACCGGAUGCGGACAAUCGGCUAACAUUCCACAUCAUCGACGGGGAGGACGCCACCGAUGGGGAAUUUCCCUUCAUGGCAGCCUUAGGGUACGAAAACGAGGAAAUCAAAGAUGGGUACGAUUACCGCUGUGGUGCAAGUCUGAUUUCACCGAACUUCUUGCUGACGGCCGCACAUUGCAUUCCCAAACAGGGACGUCCGGUAGUGGCGUUGCUUGGUACGGCCAGUCUCAACUCCAUGAACGGAGUUGUCGUUAGAAUCAAGGAGUUUUAUCCUCAUCCCGACUACAGAGCCAGCCGCAGCUACAACGACAUUGCCCUGAUUGAACUGGAGAAAAGACUGAUAAAUGAACCUGACGUGAAUCCCAUCUGCGUCCGCAGCGAUACCGGAGAUUUACCCAACGAUGUGAUUCUCACUGCCGAAGGUUUUGGGAUUAUUGAUGUAGACAAGCAAAUUCGCUCCGCUCAGAUGAUGAAGGUCAAUCUAACCACGGUGGCCCUGACCAAGUGUAACCAAUCCUUCGCUGACAACAAUCUGUUGACCAACAAUCGCAGGUUACCCCAGGGCAUCAUUGACACGCAGUACUGCGCAACGGGUCGUGAAAACAUCGUCACAAAACAGGUAGGCGAUACCUGCCAGGGCGAUUCCGGGGGUCCACUCCAGAUCGUAGUGGACGGAAAGUUCCAACUGGUGGGAGUGACUUCGUUUGGAAACGGAUGUGGAUCGAAUACGCCCAGUGUAUACACCCGGGUCGCGAGAUUUAUCGAUUGGAUUGAGCCCAUCGUAUGGCCCACCGGAGUUCCGAAAACAUGAAUGGUCGUAGUACAAAUGGAAUAAGGAAUUUGUCAUGAAAACUGAAAAAAUAUACGAAAUAUGUGAAAACUCGCUUUUCAA